AUGGCAACUCCAGAUGAGACAUCUUCUUUUACCGGGGCGGACACUUCUGAAGAUGAGGUCGUUGAAACACUGGUCUCUGGUCGACAGAAACGAAGCACAGCCGGCAGGAACAUGUCAUCUUUGCUCGAUGCCGCUGCUGACGACGAUCUCACGCUUCUGUUCGCCGAAGAUGAGAACGAUGACGAAUUUGACCAGGAUGAAGGAGCCGACGGGGAGUUUGAUGACAUGCGCUUAGAUUCUUCAUCAGAAGAUGAAGAUGACAAGGGACCUAAUGCGGCGGAUGAUGAUCUGGAAGGAGAAAAAGAGCUGGAGAAACAAGCGAGAGUCGAUCGGAAAAAGCGCAAAGCUCAGGAAUCUUUGAGACUUACGGCUCUACGCAAAAAAGUCAAGAUAGACUCACCAGCUUUGUCGAAAGUAUCUACCGCCACACCGCGUCCGAAGAAAAAGUCAGAACGAGUGUCUUGGCUACCGACGCCCGAAGAAGGACCAGUUCGAUCGUCCUCCCGUCGCCAGACUAUGCAAAAUAAAGAGCUUACGCACGCUAGGCUGAAGGACAGUGAACAAAGGCGAAUCAAACUUAUUGCAAAUAUGGAGGAAGCUGCCAAGAGGAAGCAGAGAUUGAAGCCAAAGAUCAUGACCCAGGAGGAACGAUUGGCCGAAGCAGCAAAGAUUGAGCGGCUGAACAGUAAAAGUCUGAAUCGGUGGGAGGAGAUGGAGAAACGAAAAGCUGAAGAACGCAAGGCUAAGCUCGAGGCUUUACAAAAUCGUCGUCUCGAAGGACCUGUCAUGUCAUGGUGGAGUGGGAUUGCCAGGUGGGUUAACGGGAGGUUGGUGCGUGUGGGCAAUGUCGAAGUUCAAGCCAAAGUUGAGGAAAAGGAACCUGAGCGUAAGAAGAAGUCGAAGGAUGCAGCAGCGGAUGCAGUCAAGACGGAUUCACCGGGCUCCGUUCCUACGACAAGUUUACCUACGGCUCCUACGAUUGACAAUGGAGAAACUUCAACUACGCAACCGAGCAAUAUCAACGCAGAGGCACAGCAGAUUGAGAAAGUGACGAGCGUUCCAGGACUUCUUGAUGGCAUCCAUGAGUAUGCGUCAGCAUCCACUACACCAGCACCAGAGAAACCAGAGCCACAAGUCCAAUCUGUACCGGAGUUGUCACCGGGUACGGAACCUAUGAGCGAAAAGACUCAGGCUGAUGGUUCCAAGCCUGAAAACGACGGAAUAGUGAACAGUGAAAACGAAGAGAAGAUUGCGGAUGACGAUACCACUGUUGUUGCGGUAGAGGAGCAAUUAAAAACUUCCUUGGAAGCGGAGAGCGCUCGGUCUGAUUCCAAACCAGCUGAUAAAGCACCCGAGUCAGAAGCACCCGAGUCGGAAGCACAAUCAAUGCCAGCUGCGCCUGAUGCAGCUGAUUCCGUACAGGUAGCACAGCCGGAGAAGCCGGUGGAGGCAAAAGCCGCAGAGGCGACAGGACAAGAUGCACCAUCGACCACCGCACAAACAGAUGCCAUUGACAAGGUCGCGGUACAAGACAUUCAGUCCACCGAGCCUGCUACGGCAAUCUCUGUGGGACCCAUUUCAGAACAGACCGACCAAACUAAUGUGUCUAUGCAAGACACUCUUCCGACGGAAAUCAACCAGACCACACCCGCGGCACCAACAGCAAGCGAAAUUGAAACGGCAGCACGGCCCGAGGAUAUUGAAGAAACGGGUCGGAAUCUACUCGUACUAGAAAAUUUCGACAAUGCGACCAUACAAAGCCGAGAGUAUAGUAUCUACUUCAACGCGAAGAAGCCACCGCGUUUGACCAAAAUAUCCCAACACCUCUGCCCAAUAACAUCUCAGUUAUCACGAUACCGCGACCCAGACACGUGUCUCCCCUUUGCAAACGUCGUUGGGUAUCGAGAAAUUCGCAACCUGACCGAGCAAAAGUACACAUGGAGUGGAAUGCUAGGAUGCUAUGUAGGUAGUGCAACGGUGGCGGCAAAGGGAGUUCCGGAACAGUUCAUUACAGGGGUGAAGCCGGAAAGAAAGGUAGAAGAGCCGACUGGCUCUGGUGACGGCCCUGAUGACAAGGGUAAGGCUAAGGACAAUAGCCAGAGUGAAGCCAUGGAGGUGGACGGGCCAUAG